CUAGGGAUCAGAGCAGCUUGGUUGAGCUUUAAGAAUCAUUGGGUCUGCACUUGUCCACAUGGAGACGCUCCAACCGUUUCCAGCGAGGUCAGACUCUGCUAUUCACUUCCAACAGUUAGUCCGCGACUUGAAGUGGGUUUCAACCACGCUGAGUCAAGCGCAUUCAAGCCUUAUAAAGGCCAGACACAACAAAAAACUACACUAACUCAUAGGGCAGUCCAAGAGGAAUCACUACAUGAUUAUCGAAUAAUUCCUCACUCAGUGGGAGCUCUUUGUCCUUCGAAUGGAAGUCUGUGGCAUUCUUUAGAUUUGCUAGAAGUGACCAAUUCAAUUUUUGAUCACUCUUCAAUAAUUAAGCAAGUUUUGAGCAAUGCGAUGUGCGAUCCUCCAAUUAAUCACGUUCUACACAUAGAAUACAAUAGAGUUAUGCCAGCAUUCAUACUUCCCGGUCGUUGA